AUGGAUACUCCUGAGACGCGAUAUGAUCUGACUAAGGCAGGGCUCGAAGCCCUCACUGCUUAUUUAAGGGCUCAUAAUAAUCUGAACGCAGUCUAUCCUACAAUACUCGAAGACCAAGAGCUCACAUAUGGAGCGUCGACCUCCAAUCUCUUCCUUCAGUGGCAGGAGUCUCACUCCAAAUUCGAAGCCGUUGACGAAGGAAGCCUUGAGCGUAAGAUUAUCGCUACGCUUCGGAGUCUGGCGAAGACCCUUGGAGAACUCAAGGCGCAACUAGACCAAGCACAGCUGCAAAAUUUGAUAAAAAUGCAUGGAUGGGAAAAGGUGUCGGAUGGAAACAAGGAUCUAAAAGAGAAAGACACCACAAUCCGAAACAACAUUAGGAACCUUAAGUUCUGUGUCCAGAUGCUUUCUCCUACAGUGUAA